AUGAAUCCCAAGAGUAAUACAGGUCGGGGAAGCUCUGAAGAUGCGGAGUAUGAGUUAGAUGCGGAGUAUGAGUUAGAUGCGGAGUAUGAGAUAGAGACCAAGCAGUCCCCACGAGGGCAGAAGCGUCGUCUGGAGGAAGAGGUAGGCGAGGCUCCUCCUCGGCCGCCAACUAAACGGUUACGGCGCUGGGGGGAUUCUCCUUCUCAUCCUAUAUCUGUUGAUCCCCUUGAUUCAACUGGUUCUGAGUCCUCAUAUUCAGAUCCACUCCCUCCCCCGUUUCCCCCCGGACAUGUCGGCGACUGGGCCAAUGAGACCGAAGGCAAGACACCUCCGAGGAGGGGGAUGCGGUUAGAACCUGAGGUAACUAACGAAUUAGUCCAAACCUACCGCGAUAGAGGUGCUUUAUGGCAAGAAUGGAUUGCCAAUCCAGCCCGGGCAGGAUGCCCAGUGCAGCGGUCGGAGGUUACGAUGGCUGAUUUAUUUUAUGGCCAAGGAUCGUUCCAGUGUCGAGAGAGUCGCUUCUCUCGCCCACCCGAAGGGAUUCGGGCUGAUCUGAGAAGGUUACAAUUCCCAGUUACGAAACAACACUACCGGCAUACCGAUAUGGAUCUGUUUGGUAUUGACGCACAAGGCUACAGGAGGUGGAGUACGUACGGUCACUAUGUCGCCGAAGGGGUUCUCAUUGCUGCGAUCAUGUUCAGAUACACGGGGCCGAACUGGUCCGAUAUUGCUCUUGCUCAAUAUAAAUACGACCACGAUAUCUAUACUCUCAGGCACCUCUAUUAUACGAAUGUUAUUAACGAAGAGACUCGGCCCUUGCUACGCGAUAAGUUGUACCCACGAAACAAUCUUGACUGGCCUGUUAACUAUAUUGAUCCAGGGGUGUGUCAUACAUGGGAGUACGGUACCCCGGAGUAUCAAGCGAUACUGGGAACCCAGCUCGGAAGGGCAACGGCGCGUCUGGUUAUAGGGGCAUGGGAUCGAGGGACGCAUCGUAUCGCGAGGAUCGUGACGGAAGCCACCAGCGUGGAGCUGAACAUUCGAUUUGAUUUUGAGGCUAUCCCUACACCGGUGAUGGCUUCGAUGGACCUCAGGUAUGUUCUGAAUCUACCGGAGCGAGAGGACAGGCAUGUUAUUGUUGUAGAUUGA